CGAAACAAUGUCCCUUAGCAGAAUCUGCACCGCGCAGUUACAGCUCCGAACGGUUGCCAAAGGUGGCUUCCAGUUUUCACGAUCACCUCGCAGCUUAGCAGUCAAUGCCCGCGCAUUCAGUUCCAGCUCGUUGGUUCGCGACAAGCAGCAAGCGGCAACGGCAGCUAAACCUGUCCAAAAACAGCACGAUUGGAAUCGAGCCGUGAGCGAAGCGGAAAAGAUUGUCGGAUAUCCGACUUCAUUCCUAAGUCUACGGUGGUUGCUCAGUGACGAAAUUGCCAAUGUGGCACUGCACCUCCGGAAGUUGGUCGGAAGCAACCAUCCACUACUGAAAACGGCCAAAAUUCUCAUCUACAAUGGAAAGAACAACAUGCAAGCCUGGGGUCUCAUCGUGCUGCUUAUUUCGAAAGCGGCUGGUCAUGCGGCCUCGGUUCCGGAUUUGGAGCAGGACAAGAGCGCCGGCGUUCUGCACUCGCAGCGUGCGCUAGCCGAGGUGACGGAAAUGAUACGAACCUCGCAUUUGGUGCACCAGGGUUUGGUUAAUUUGCAACCACUGGCCAAUGCUGGUAAUGAACUGAGUGGAGACAGUGAGAUGAUAUUUGGCAAUAAGAUAGCUUUGCUGAGUGGUGAUUAUCUGCUUGGAAAUGCUUGUUUGCAGUUGGCCGGAUUGAGAAAUCAGGAAUUGAUUGAGCUUAUUUCGUCAUCGGUCCGGGACUUGGCCGAGUCCAAUUUUAUCGGUGAUCGUGAUCAACAGAACAAUCCACUGCCGUCGAAACCGGAACAGCGGACGGCCAGUCCCGAACAGCUCGGUGACGAUUUAGGACUCGGAGACUUGGAAGAUAAUACUCAACCGAUGAAUAUCAAAGAUGUGCUGGGAAAUCCAGAGAAGGAAUGGUCCUUGCGGCACAUUUUAGGUGCCGGUAGUUUACUCGGCAAGAGUUGUCAGGGAACCUUAAUUCUAGCAGGACAGCCAGUCAAACUGCAAAAACAGGGCUAUCUUUUCGGAAAGCAUCUAUCUCUAGCGUGGCAAGCUUGCAUCGAUCUGGAGCCGUUCAGUAGUACUAAUUUACCGCCGGGCACACGUUUCAGUCUCAUUUCGGCUCCGGUACUUUUUCAUUUAGAACAUGAUCCGGGGUUGUACGAGGAAAUUAAAAAGGGUCGCGAUUCGGUAGACAAUAUAGACUAUGCGAAAAUUCAUAGCGAAGUGAUCAAGGGACCCGGACUGGACAAGACGCGUAAUCUGCAGAAGAAGCAUAGUUUGGCGGCGAUGGCAGUUUUAAAUGAGUUGCCACCGUCGGAUGCUCGGACCGCGUUGCAGAAUAUCAUUCUAGCUAUGCAGGAUUUGUGAGGACAGUCAAGUACCUACAAGUGACAGGUACAACGGAGACCAUUCUUCAGUUUUCUUUGGUAGUUAAAGAAAGUAUGAGUGAAGUAAACCGCUAGAAAAAAAAAGUGCAAUCAUUCCGUCCAGUUCAGAGAGACCACCGUUGUUUGUAUGUGGGAUAAACCGAUUGAAAACUGAACUUACUAUUUAUGAUAGAAACAUUUCGUACUAACUGCUAAAUGAAUGUAUGUUUUCUAGUUAUUAAGACGAUAGUUUAAGGUGGUGAUAGUGUUUGCUCGAAAUUAUAUAGAAACCUGUUAAUUUUUUCAA